AUGGCCAUGUUCAGCCAAAACCCGCUCAUGAACGGGCCCAACUAUGCCAUGUCUGAUGUCCCCAGACAAGCUGGCGAGCCGCGCGAGCAUCGCUUCAACCCAUACACUGACAACGGUGGCUCGACGCUCGGCAUCGCCGGCGCCGACUUUGCCAUCAUGGCCGGCGACACACGGCACACGAGCGGCUACAGCAUCAACUCGCGCAUGUCGCCCAAGGUCUUCAAGAUUGGCGGCACCAACGCCUCGCAGGACGACGCCACCAUUGUCCUCUCGGUCUGCGGCUUCGCGGCCGACGGCGAGGCGCUCCGCGACCGCCUCGACACCAUCUGCAAAAUCUACCGCUACCGCCACGGCAAGCCCAUGACGCUCAACGCCUGCGCCAAGCGCCUCUCGACGAUCCUCUACCAGAAGCGCUUCUUCCCCUACUACACGCACGCGCUGCUCGGCGGCCUCGACGAGGAGGGCACGGGCGCCAUCUACUCAUACGACCCCGUCGGCAGCUACGAGCGCGAGCAGUGCCGCGCCGGCGGCGCCGCCGCCAGCCUCAUCAUGCCCUUCCUCGACAACCAGGUCAACUUCCACAACCAGUACAUCCCCGGCAGUGGCACCGGCCACAACCUCCGCGAGCGGCCUCGCGAGCCCCUUUCCCGCCCGCAGGUCGAGACCAUCAUCAAGGACGCGUUUGACGGCGCAGCGGAGCGCCACAUUGAGGUCGGCGAUGCUCUGCAGAUGCUCAUCGUCUCCAAGAACGGCAUUGAGGAGGUGUUUGUGCCGCUGAAGAAGGAUUAA